CCCCAUAUGGUUUGCAGAAGGAGAGGAAAGUGUGUGUGUGCGUCUGUUUGUAUGUGUGUGUUAAAGGGGGGUGAAAGGGGAAGAAGAGAAGGAGGGGGGUAUUAAGAAGGUACCAAAAAAAAAUAGCAGAGGCAGAGACGUGGGGAAAAAAAAGAGAGAGAUAGAGGAGGAGAAGGAGAAGGAGAGGGGGAGCUUGAUAGAUUCCCAUCCAGAAUUCCUUCUAUUUUCCAUCCAUUCCGACACGGUGCCUCUUCACUCAUCAUCAUCUCUCUCGUUUUCCCAUCGCUGAGAAAGAAGAGUGUACGGAGAAAAUACAGGAAGGCGGGAGGGAGGGGGGAAAGGGUUAACUAUUAAAGAGAUUUAAAAAAAAAAAAGGAUAAGAAGAGGAAAAAAAAAAAGAAAAGAGAAAAAAAAACAAGGAUCAGAAGAUCGUCCGGGGAGACGGAAAAGGAAAUAAUUUUUAAAAAUGAACGUGCCACUUCAGCGGGUGAGCCUGGCCAGUAUGGUCAUCGUGAUGCUGACACAAGUUCUACUUGUUCAAUUCACCGAGAUCGCCUCGCCAGCCGAUAACUACACCGUUUGUCAAGGGGAUAACGCCACCCUCAGUUGUUUCAUUGAUGAAAAUGUGACAAGAGUAGCCUGGCUGAACCGUUCCAACAUCCUCUAUACCGGGAAAGACAAGUGGUCCAUAGACCGUCGCGUCCAGCUGGUGACCAACACCAAAACAGAGUUCAGCAUCGUGAUAACCAAGGUGGACAUGGCAGACGAAGGACUCUACACUUGCUCCUACCAAACCCAAGAUAGGCCUCACACCUCACAGGUCUAUCUCAUCGUACAAGUUCCUGCACAAAUCGUCAACAUCUCAUCUAACAUCACUGUCAAUGAAGGGAGUAAUGUCAACCUCAUGUGUUUGGCGGUGGGGAAGCCGGAGCCGACGGUGACCUGGAGGCAGCUGAAAGAGGGCUUCUCCAGCGAGGGCGAACUCUUGGAGAUCACUGAAAUAAACCGACAACAAGCAGGCGACUACGAGUGCAUCACAUCCAACGGAGUGUCCGCUCCUGACAGCAAGAAGGUGAAAAUCACUGUCAAUUAUCCCCCAUCAAUCACGGAUGUCAAGAAUGCGCAGUCACCGGUGGGCAAGUCGGCGGUCCUUCGCUGUGAAGCAAUGGCGGUGCCUCCCGCUGAGUUUGAGUGGUUUAAGGAUGAUAAGCGACUCUACACCAGUAUGGAAGGCAUCAAGAUUCAGAACGAAAGAACUUGGUCUGUGCUUUUGUUUUCAAAUGUCACCUCGAGGCACUAUGGGAAUUACACCUGCCUGGCUUCCAAUAAACUCGGCUCAUUUAAUACCAGCUUGCGACUACUCAAACCUGGCGUUCCGCUUAAUCGCGGCGUGACUUACACAAUAUCUCCUCUCCUCCUUGGUCUGUUCUCUUCUGUAUUCAUUUUACUUUUACGUACAAUCUAGAAAAUAAUUAAUAAUAAUCCGGAGAGAAAUGUCACGACUGGCAGAAACAAAACAAAAGGAAAAAAAAACAAAAAAAAAACAAAAAAAAAAACAAAAAAAUCACACAAUACAAAUAAUUCAACAAACUACAAAAAAACAAUUCUUGAAAGGGAAACUGACACUGUGAGGGAACAAAUUAUGCAUUUUUAAACCCGCAUCGUUGAUUUCCAGCACUUUCUUACGAGAGAAGAAAGGAGAGGUGGAUUUAAUCAAAUGUCAGAAAGAAAGUUAAUGAUUGAGAAAUAAUUAAAGGCGAAUCCAUCGCUUUGCAAAGUAGACGGUAGAAGGAAUUUCUCGUAUCAACGAAGAUGAACCUCAUUGGUGACUGGGAAAUAUAAGACUGUAACAUAUUUGGGGUUUUUUUUAACCCUUCUAGUGCAGAAGUAGCUUGAAAACACCCUUUGGCACUGGAAGGGUUAAGCAUUCCGUGUAGUCCCCCACCAUACCUCAAACUGACCCGUGUAGGGAUUUUCUACCCCUAGGAACAUAACUUUCAGUGUUACAAGGCCGUUCCGUCUCUAAGAAAACACAGAUUCUUCCAGUUUAAAAAAACGGUGGAUUUGCCCCAUGAAUUGCCAACCGUCCCUCAAAAUCUAUGGAUCAUCCUCCAACAUCUACGGGAUUCCAAUGUUCCAAAGCAAGAAUGUAUUGGAGAAAGGAUACAGAGUAUGUUGGUUGAGCAGGCUGUCACAAAUACGUUUUUGGAUUCUAAGAUCUUGAUAUCAAAUGUUCCAGAUCAGCAGAUUCAAUGGAAGGUGGUCAUGGAAGGUCUUCGUCGAUGAUAUUGUCUUCUCCUGUCCUCAACUUUGUCUCCUGUCCUUUUUCCAAAAUAAACAUUGACUUUUUGGAGGACUUUUGGAGAACCUGGAACCUGUACGGGACUUACUUCAUCAUCAGAAAUCUACCGCUAUGGACUGGAACAAAAAGAUGGAUGUUGGUAAUUCAGUUACUUCUGAGAUCUUCUGCCACCAUAUCAAAGACUAAAAGGGGUUGUAAAAUAUUAGGAACAUUCUAAAUAAGUGGAAGGUAUAAAGAUACCGCGCUGUCCCUAAAGAUUUGCCACAGUUUCAUAUGCCUGUUAAUUCAUUACCAGUGUCUGUGACAUUCCUGUGGGUAUUAUGCAGAGCCCCCGUUCCCCUUUUGUAGAUGAGAAAAGAGGGGUCGUUACGGGGUCUUCAGUAUUGUCUGACUGUUAGCUGUCUGUCUGCAUGGUUCCUAUCACUGAUUGCAAGCCCUGGGCCUCCAUAACUAAUUGUGUUAUUUUGACAUGAGGAUGGAUUCUGACCUCAUAGGCUAUUAUAUUUGUGUUCCGGCGUCUUCAAAUUAUCCAAAUUGACCCAAAUUUCUGUAAACCUACAAAGUGUUUCAGGGUCUACACCCAAUAGAACCACUUCACCCGCCGCCCUCCAGCUGGCUUUUUUUUUUUCUCUCUCUUUUUCUUCAAAAUGGCCGGCCUGCUCCGAUUGUGUCCUUCGUCUUUGGCGUCUGUUUGUCCAUCCGCCAUUAUAGAUACGUGUGGGGCCAAAAAAAUAGCAAAAUGUGGCCCAACAAGAGCUUCCAAGCUGUCUGUCAAAGCAAUGCAUUCUGGGAUUUCACACGCUCCGUUCCUGUGUGAGAUUUAGUGUUUAUGUUGGGGCACUUUAUGGUUCACAACAAAGAAAAGAAACAAAAAAAAUCAAAAAUUUACAUUUUUUUUCUCGUUUUUUUUUUUCUUCAUUUUUUGCAAAAAGAUUAAAAACUUACUUGUGAAUAUUGGCGAUACAAAUGUAAAAAGUGUUAUAAUAUAAGACAGAGAAAACUCUAUGGAGAAUGUGGGUGCUAAUUUGUGUGUACACUUUGCUUGUAUAUAUAUAUAUUGUUGAGUGUAUUAUCUGAAAAUCAGAAGUAGCAAAACAAUAUUUUUGCACUAAAA